AUGUCGACCUUGCCGGGCCCUUCGACGACGCGCGGCGAAAUAACCCUUCAGCCAUCCUAUUUCACUUCCUCGCUCUAUGUUGGCCCUCUGCGCGAAGAUAUAACAGAUCUGAUCAAUCUCUUCUCGCAGCAAUAUGCGCAAGCACAACCGCCUAUCCAGCCAUUCGCGCUCUUCAAGAGGUUGUGGACCGAGCAGGGAUGGUGCUGGAUGCACUUCAAGGCAUUCGACGGACGAGUUCGCGAAAGCUUCAUUGCAGUGACGGAGCGGCUGUUUCUCGAACGAAUGAUCGAAAUGGAGACUCCCAUCACGAGAGUAGUAUCCCUCUUUGCUCUGUAUACAUUCUACUUCACGCAGCCAUCUACUUCGGCGCCAAGACUCCAUUCAGUGAAACAUAUAGCGGUACCCAUCGACAUAUAUCAGUCCGUUCUACUACUUCCGCAGAAGUUGAAUAGUCCCGAUCUCUUGCUGCUGCAGCCUCACGCAAGAUACGUUCUGACAUCGCUCCUCAACGCAAACGCUUUCCAUAUUCUACCCCAUUCUGACUUACGGCCAUACAAUCCGAGCAAUCUGCCUCGUGAGAUAUUUGUUGAGGACGGGCAAGAAUCAGCUGUGCUCGCCGCUUUGGCGGGAGAGACUGCCACCGCGCAAGGAUCAAGACCACCGAAAAAGAAAGGACGCCCGUCGAAGCGCGAGAAGCUGAAGAGGGCCAAGGACGCGCUUGUCUCUCUGGACAAGUUCAUCGAUAAAAAUACACUGGUGUCGACUCCAGAACCUUCUCUGCAGCAUUCUUCACGAGUGCUCGGCAGCAGUGGCUCCUGUACAGUUGAUCACCAAGAGACUACUCACGUAAUGGUAACAAACCCUCCCAUUGCAACACGCGAUAACUACCGUGCAGCAAAAUUCCAGCUCUUACACAUGCUGGAUCCCAGCCUCUAUGAUUCGGCGUCAGGCGAGGCAAGCCAAAGUGUUUCGCAAAGUAUUGGGAGGCAAGCGCUUGAACGUACGAACGAAGCUGUGCUGGCGCGACUCAAAAUGAUAGACCAGUUAGCUGCGGAAAGAGGGUUGGAGGUUGGUGGCGAAGGAGGCGAGAAGACUGGAUUCGAGAGAGUUGAGAGAGCAGUUCAGCAGCUGCAUGCUACGGGUGUUGAAGGCCACCAUGCCGGCAUUUUGAACUUGCUGGAGGGUGCCGGACUAGAUACGGGGACUGGGUGA